AAUGAAGGGCUUAUGCCUUCUGUGUCAGUCCUUGUCAAGAUAUUUGACUUAAAAACACAGUCUUCGCUUACUCAGCUAUCAACCUCCUUAAUAUUGAAGCCAGUCCCUGUGAUGGAUGGAAUUGACAGCCCAAAGUAACCUGUUUAUGUCACAUGGUGUCAUCAUUUUUGUGCUAUCGCAGCAGUCCAGUAUGUGGUUCCAAGUAACUUAAGUUAACAUUUACUUUUUAGACUUUCAGCCUCAUACAUAAUGUUAUGAAGUAGUCUGUUUCCAUGAAUUCUUUAUAUUAAAUUUGUAUGUUUAUUUUUAAUUGUCUCUUUUGAGCCUUUCCUUUGUCUUUAUAGUUUUAUGAACCUGGUAUUUAUGGGGGGAAAAAAACUUGCUUUAUCUGUGAUCAGGUGGAUUAUAUCUAUUACUAUUAGAUUUUCCUACAGAGAGCCAGUGUUACAAGUAUAAAUAAACUAAAUAUAGGAAAUGUUCUCUGAGGUUGCUGCUUUUGAGUAACUACCCAGUUAUGUCUGCAAAGGAACAAUUGAAUUAACAGCCUGAUGAGAAAAAAGACUAAUUUAGGUCAUUUAUGUUGUUCCUCCAUAUCCUAGUACAUGUGGCACCCUUGUGAAUAGAUGAGCUAUGAUGUACUUUUUUAAACUGGGUGAAAGUCAAGCAAUUGCUUUCUUCCUAUCUUUGGUCACUAAGAUCUGCAUUUGUAAUGUAUGUAUCAUAGGCUUGAGAAACCAGAAGAAUAAACUUUGAGAAUAUGACCAUUUCUCAAAAAAAUUUAACACUUAACAUAGUCUUGAGGGAAGAUUCUGAAGCUACAGAAGGAUAUACUUUAGAUUAAAUGAAUUUUUUUUCCCCUGGCAGAGUGAGUAGAACAGAACGUAGUGGAAGAUAUGGUUCCAUCAUAGACAGGGAUGACCGUGAUGAGCGUGAAUCCAGAAGCAGGCGCAGGGACUCAGAUUACAAAAGAUCAAGUGAUGAUCGGAGGGGUGAUAGAUAUGAUGACUACCGAGACUAUGACAGUCCAGAGAGAGAACGUGAAAGAAGGAACAGUGAUCGAUCUGAAGAUGGCUACCAUUCAGAUGGUGACUAUGGAGAACAUGACUAUAGGCAUGACAUCAGUGAUGAAAGAGAGAGCAAGACCAUUAUGCUUCGAGGCCUUCCCAUCACCAUUACAGAGAGCGAUAUUCGAGAAAUGAUGGAGUCCUUUGAAGGCCCUCAGCCUGCGGAUGUGAGGCUGAUGAAGAGGAAAACAGGUGUAAGCCGUGGUUUCGCCUUCGUGGAGUUUUAUCACUUGCAAGAUGCUACCAGCUGGAUGGAAGCCAAUCAGAAAAAGCUGGUGAUUCAAGGAAAGCACAUUGCAAUGCAUUAUAGCAAUCCCAGACCUAAGUUUGAAGAUUGGCUUUGUAACAAGUGCUGCCUUAACAAUUUCAGGAAAAGACUAAAAUGCUUCCGAUGUGGAGCAGACAAGUUUGACUCUGAACAGGAAGUGCCCCCUGGAACCACAGAGUCAGUUCAAUCUGUGGAUUACUACUGUGAUACGAUCAUUCUUCGGAACAUAGCUCCACACACUGUGGUGGAUUCCAUUAUGACAGCACUAUCUCCCUAUGCGUCUUUAGCUGUCAAUAACAUUCGUCUCAUCAAAGACAAACAGACCCAGCAGAACAGAGGCUUUGCAUUUGUACAGCUAUCUUCUGCAAUGGAUGCUUCUCAGCUGCUUCAGAUAUUACAGAGUCUACAUCCUCCUUUGAAAAUUGAUGGGAAAACUAUUGGGGUUGAUUUUGCAAAAAGUGCCAGAAAGGACUUGGUCCUUCCAGAUGGCAACCGUGUCAGCGCCUUUUCUGUAGCUAGUACAGCCAUAGCUGCUGCUCAGUGGUCAUCUACCCAGUCUCAAAGUGGCGAAGGAGGCAGUGUUGACUAUAGUUACCUGCAACCAGGCCAGGAUGGUUAUGCCCAGUAUGCUCAGUAUUCACAGGAGUACCAGCAGUUUUAUCAGCAACAAACUGGAGGAUUGGAAUCUGAUUCAUCAUCUGCAUCAGGCACAGCAGUGACCACCACCUCAGCAGCUGUAGUGUCCCAGAGUCCCCAGCUGUAUAAUCAGACCUCCAAUCCACCUGGCUCUCCGACUGAGGAAGCACAGCCUAGCACUAGCACAAGUACACAGGCCCCAGCCGCUUCCCCUACUGGUGUAGUUCCUGGUACCAAAUAUGCUGUACCUGACACAUCUACAUACCAGUAUGAUGAGUCUUCAGGAUAUUAUUAUGAUCCUACAACAGGGCUCUACUAUGACCCCAACUCACAAUACUACUACAAUUCCUUAACACAGCAGUACCUUUACUGGGAUGGAGAGAAAGAGACCUAUGUGCCAGCCGCAGAGUCUAGUGCCCACCAGCAGGCAGGCCUGCCUCCCACAAAAGAGGGGAAAGAGAAGAAAGAAAAACCCAAGAGCAAAACAGCCCAACAGAUCGCCAAAGACAUGGAACGCUGGGCCAAGAGUUUAAACAAACAAAAAGAAAAUUUUAAAAACAGCUUUCAACCGGUUAAUUCUUUGAGAGAAGAAGAAAGGAGAGAAUCUGCUGCGGCAGAUGCUGGUUUUGCUCUCUUUGAGAAGAAGGGAGCCUUAGCUGAAAGGCAGCAGCUCAUCCCAGAACUGGUGCGAAACGGAGAUGAGGAAAAUCCCCUGAAAAGGGGUCUGGUUGCUGCUUACAGUGGGGACAGUGACAAUGAGGAAGAACUGGUGGAAAGACUUGAGAGUGAGGAAGAGAAGCUGGCUGACUGGAAGAAGAUGGCCUGCCUGCUUUGCCGUCGUCAGUUCCCUAACAGAGAUGCUCUUGUCAGGCAUCAACAGCUCUCAGACUUACACAAGCAAAACAUGGACAUCUAUCGAAGAUCCAGGCUGAGUGACCAGGAGCUGGAAGCCUUGGAGCUGAGGGAAAGAGAGAUGAAAUACCGAGAUCGAGCUGCAGAAAGACGAGAGAAGUAUGGCAUUCCAGAACCUCCAGAACCCAAACGCAAGAAGCAGUUUGAUGCUGGCACUGUGAAUUACGAGCAACCCACCAAAGAUGGCAUUGACCACAGUAACAUUGGCAACAAGAUGCUGCAGGCCAUGGGCUGGCGGGAAGGCUCAGGCUUGGGGAGAAAGUGUCAAGGCAUCACAGCUCCCAUUGAGGCUCAAGUCCGGCUAAAAGGAGCUGGCCUCGGAGCCAAAGGCAGUGCAUAUGGGUUGUCAGGUGCUGAUUCCUACAAAGAUGCUGUCCGGAAAGCCAUGUUUGCCCGGUUCACUGAGAUGGAGUGAGGCUGCGAGGGAGAUGACCAGGAGCUACAAGGAGCGAGCCAUCUUCUGAAUUUGUUCUUACCACCUGUCUUUCUAAGGGCAUGCCUUGUGCUGUUAAUAAUUUUAGGGUGAACCUCUUCGUUCUGCAGGGUUCUCCCCUUUCACCUUAAAGGAGCCUCCCUUAUAUGGGUUAUCUGGUGAAUGACCUUCCUUUCCCACCUGAGGGCCUUUGAACAGACCAGAGGGGACAACGGGCUUUUUAUACUUCUGUGUACAUAGUGUAAUGUAGUGUGUUUUACAUGUGUAGCCUACGUGUGGUCCCUCCUCCCUGGGGGUUUGAGAUGCCCUAGGUGGUAAGUUGACACCAAAGCCACCUCUGUCAUUUGUUGUCGUGAUGUCUUUUCUUGGCAAAAGCCUUGUGUAUAUUUGUAUAUUAUACAUUUGUACAGAAUUUUGGAAAAUUUUCAGUCUAGUUGCCAAAUCUGGCUACUUUACAAAAGAAAUACCUUAAAAAAAAAUGGCCGUCUUAUGUCUCUUUAUU